AUGAACAAUUUAGUAAAAUUAAAUAAUUCAUUGUCUAGAAAAUUUAUAAUUUCAAUAUUUACAUAUUUCUCAAUAUUAUUUUCUACGUGUUUAUCAUAUAAUAAUGAUGAUAAGAAUCUUCAAAAAAGUAACAUUUUCAAUAAACGAGAACCAUUAAAAAAUGAUACAGCUUCAGAUACAACAAAUAAUUAUAUGAAAGAUAUGCUAAAUGAGACAUCAACAUUGCUUUUAGAAAAUAAAAUAACAUUAAUAGUUGUUGGAGCGGUGUUUUUUAUAUUGUUGAUUAUUUAUUUUUAUGCUCGGAAGAAACAUAAGGAGGGAAGAAAUACAAUUAUAUUUACAACAACAUUGAUUAUAGUAGAUUUAAUAUUAGAUCUUGCAUUUUUAAUAAAUAAUAUACUUAGACCUGAUGGUAGAUAUUUACUAAUUCCAAGUUUGGUGGCACUUGCUUUACCAGCUGGAGUCAAUUUAUUAUUGGCAUUGACAGUAAUUAUUAACCAAAGUCGCAACAAAAACAAUCGGAAGUUUAAAACUUGGUUACAUGGUCAUACAGGUUUUGCUUCUGCAAUGACAAUUUUAUCAAUGUUAAAUAUUGAGGCCUUGAGGAUAUUAAAUUCAAAUUUUUUAGAUAAAGAAAUUUUCAGUGCUAAAUUUAAUCAAAAAGCUUUAAAAAUAAUCAUUAUUGGUGGUUUGAUUAAUAUGUUUAUUGAAGAUAUACCACAACUUGUAAUUUUAUUAAAAAACUAUGCUGGAAUUGAUAUGUUGAAUCUAUUGAUUACAACUGAUAAACUUGGUCUUGAAAUUUCUAUUGAUGAUUUAUUUUCCCCACGUGUGAAAGAUGCAGUAUUCAGUACUAUAUUUGGACUGGCUGCCAUUUUUCUAGGUGGUGUCUUAUAUCAAUCAUGGUAUGAGUGGCAUGUAAGUCAUAAAGUAUUAAAAGCAUUCACCAGUUCGCUACCUUCACUAAAACCAGAAACGAUUUAUCUAGAGAAAGAUGAAUACAAGAAUUUGUUUCAGGCAAUAGAAGGUAAUACAAAAGGAAUGUAUUAUUUGUUGGUGGGGGAAAAUGGGACAGGAAAAUCACAAAUGGUAUUUCAAGCGAUGGAGAAAUGCAAUCAGUUUGGUGUGGUUAUUUGUGAAGCUCAUUCCAACACAGAAAUAUUUAAAACACGAUUGGGUAGAUCAUUGAAUUAUACUUUUAGAGAAGAUUACAUUGGUGGAUUGUUUGCUAGAGAAGCUCCAGAACGAGGAUCAGCAUUGUUGGAUAUUGAGAAGGCAUUGAAUGUGGUUGAGGGGGUGGCAUACAAAUAUAAAGGAAAGUAUAAUAAACCACUUGUGCUCAUAAUCAAUGAUAUUCAUGCAUUAAAAGAUGAUGAAGAUGGUGAAGAUAUGUUAGAACUGUUGCAACAAAGAGCUGAAACAUGGGCUUCAUGUAAUGUUGUCACAAUGAUUUUUAAUACUGAUGAUUAUUGGGUCUAUGAAAGAAUGAGAACGAGUGCUUCGCAUAUGGAAGUUGUUAGAGUACGUGAUUUGAGCAAGGAUGAGGCAAUUGAAUUCCUGAAAGAUAAAAGAAAAGAUAAAAUAAAUGGAUGUGAAUCUGAUGAAGUAUUGGAGAAGAUUGUGAGUGAAUGCAUCGGUGGCAGAAUAUUAUAUUUAAAUAAAUUGGCUAAAGAAACUAAUAUAGAUUUAUUUGGUAAUAUAUUCUUUUCUGUUGCUGCAAAUAAAUUAAAGGAAGAACAGAAAACUUGGUUGAUAAAUUUGAUUGGCUUAAUUCCAAACUUUAAUGGAUUGGAAGUUGAAUCACAACGAUAUGCAGUAGCAGCUUGGAAAUUGAUUCGAGAACUAGUUCAUUCACCAACAAAAGCCAUAUCAAUGGUUGAUGCAAGAUUAAUAAUUGGUAAUUCAAGAUAUUUGAAAAAAUUAGAUCAUGAUGGAAUAAUAAUGGUUGAUCAGGACAAUAAAAUAAAACCAGACUCUCAGAUUAGUUAUGUUAUUUUUGAAGAGAUAAUCAAAUCGCCAAACUUCAAUCAGAUACUGAAAAAAGUUGAUCAGAAAUUAGAGGAAACUGAUAAAAAUCAAAGAAUUAGAGAAAUUAUUUGGAGUUAUGGAAUUAUUAGGAAUUUUUAUGAUCUUGAGCAUAUUAAGAAAAGUUUUUAUAAUAUUGUUGAUGAUUUAGAAUUGGUUUGUAAAAGAUUACAAUUUAACAACAUGAUGAAUCUUAUAUUUCAACAAAUUAAAGGAAAUAAAGAGUCACUUGAUAAUCAUUUCAAUGAAAUAUGGACAUUAUGUAUGGAUUUUCAGAAGAAUGGUGAUAUAAUUGAUACAAGUAGAUUGAUAUUAGUGAAAACACUACAGGAAUCUAGAAAUCGGAAUCAAUCACUACAGGAACCAUCUGAAAAUAGGAAUUCAGAAGUCCAAGCACUACUAAGAAUUCUGCUAAAAAUAAAUAAAGAUCAUAUACAAGAUUCGCCAAUUACAAACGAUGAAAGGAGCAAAAUUGAUGGAAUGGGAGAUGCAAAGGUGGCCAAUUUUGAUAAAGAAGUACAAGAGUUUGUUCCUUGGAUGGCACCAGAGAAAUUAAAAGCAAAAGGCAUAGUGUAUGAUUUUUGUUCUGAAAUGUUUAGUUAUGGGAUGUUACUUUGGGAGCUUGUUUAUCAAAAAAUACCAUAUAAAGAUUUUAAAGUGAAUGAUAUUAAUGAUUAUGUGUUGUCUGGUAAACGAGAAGUUUUAAAGAUUGGGGUAAAAGACAGAGAAAUUCAAUAUGUAUUAAUUGAAAUUAUCAAAAAAGGUAUAAUUUGA